AUGAAUCCCAAAACAUGCAAGACCAUCGAUGGGGAUAUUCAAACACGCACUCAUCAAUGCAUUAAGAAUAUAUCAGCAAUCCUCGAUGUUGCUGGCUCAAGCAUCAAGAACGCUGUGAAAGUUAAUAUUUUCCUUGCAGAUAUGGUAGAUUUCGACAAGAUGAAUGAAAUUUAUAUGAUGUAUUGUGGGGUGUCAAACCGUGUCAGACGUGAGGCGCCGUGA